AAAAAAAAAAAUUUUUUUUCUCCACUUUUUACGAUAUUAAUAAUAUUUAAUUUAUAUAAUGGGUCAAAAUAAUUUAACAAAUAUAAUAAGAAAUAAAUACUUUAUAACUGUAAUAGUUCUUAUUAUUGUGUUCGAUUUCUUGUAUACAAUUUUCUCUGAUUCUCCUCCGUCAAAUGAUCAAUUUACCGUGCCACCACCUGGCUUAUUUAUUCGAAAAAGACCUAAUGGCAUUCUUGAUGCUGACCGAGUUAUGAAACGUUGUGACAUGAAAUUUAGUUUAGUGGAGAAUUGUUUAGAGUAUCUUGAUAAAAAAGAAGAUGACUAUAUUAUAGAACCUCCAUCCCCAAUUCCACAAUGUAACGAAAAUGAACCUCCAAUGUUAUUUCAUGUAUUUUGGCGUGGUAUGAUAACCGACAAGUUAACUUUACAAAUGAAAAGUUUUCUUUAUACGCAACCUUUAGAAUGUUCAAAAUUAUACGUCUGGUUACAAGAUUCUGACACUGAUAUCGAUUUAAAUCCUUUUGCGGGAAAAAUAUAUGAAAAAUUUUCACCAAAAAAUAUAGAAUUCAAAAAAUGGGAUACAAAAGAACAAUUGGAUUCAGAUCCAUUAUACAAAGGUUGGGAGAAUAUCAUGUCUCGUCAUAGUUCGGUAUCAUUUAGUGAUUUGGUUAGGUUCGUUGUAUUAAAUAGAUAUGGUGGAAUGUAUAUGGAUGGUGACGUACUGUUCUUACGUGAUAUGCGUCCAUUAUAUCAUUCGGGUAUAGAUUUUUCAUAUAAGUGGAGUUUUAAAUCAGAAUAUAACACCGCCGUAUUAAGACUUCGUGCAAACGGAACCACUAGUAGGAAAAUUAUUUCACAAGCAAUGUUAAACAAGAUGAAUUUUCAUCCUUUUGAAAUCAAAAAUUAUUUAUUAGCAAAUACAAGUGUUUCCUUGGAUACCGCUACCACAAAAUCUAUUUAUAAUUCACAUCUUUUUAUGUUUUCCGUACCUUUAUUUGAUCCUCUUUGGUUAAAGAAUGAUCACAGACAAAAUAAUAAUUUAAGACCUAAUCUUAGAGGUAUGGAUGAUGUUUGGGAUCCUAAAUUUAUUCCGGGUGAAUUUCCUAACAUUGAUAAUUUAAAUGAUUACUCUCCUUUGGAUUUGAGAAAAGCUGAUGAUUUUUUCAGGGGUGCUUAUGCCUAUCAUUGGCAUAAUAAUUGGGCUAGAGAAUUAAUACCUACUUGUUGGAUGGGUGUAAUAAAUACUGCUUAUGAUGCUUUCAUAAACGGUACCCAAAGAAACAUUUAUGGCGAAUUUAUUCAAAGUUAUUAGAAGACUUUUCUAAACAUUUAGUUUUUUUUUUGAACGAGAACUUUCUCAGUUUAGUUUUAGAAUAAAUAUGUAUAUCUUUGAAACUUUUAUCAUGUACAAAAAGAAAGUAAACGAAUAAAAUAAUAAUAAUAAUACUA